GCCCGCGCUCGGCCAGGGGCGUCCCCAAGCCCUUCUGCCCUGGCCGGGGCGUGGCCGGCGCUGCCCGGCUCUUCCGGCCGCGCUCAGGCUGCGCCCUCUCGCGACUGCCCCGGCGGCCAUGGCUGCGCUGCUGUGCGCGCGCCGCCUCCCUCGGCCUCGGCUCCGCAGGGGAGCCAGGCAGGGCCCGGGCCGGCCGUACCGCGCCGCGCUCUGCGCCGAGCUGAAGCAGCCCCUGGCCGUCGGCGAGGUGGCCCCCCGCCCUGUCCUGCCUCACGAGGUCAGAGUUGAUGUCCAUUUCUGUGGAGUUAACUUCGCUGAUACAUUGGUCUGCCGUGGUCAGUAUCAGGAAAAGCCCCACCUGCCCUUCAUACCUGGAAUAGAGUUUUCUGGGACCAUCCUGGAGACAGGCACAGAUGUCUGCACAGUGAAAGAGGGAGAUAGAGUUAUUGGUGUGAGUCACUUUAAUGCUAUGGCCGAAGAAUGCAUCACUGACCAGAAGGCCCUGUGGAAGAUUCCAGAGAAUCUCUCCCUGCGAGAAGCUGCUACCUUACCUGUAACUUACGGAACUGCUAUUUUGGCUCUGCAGCAUCGGGCAUGUACCCAGCCUGGAGAAACUGUCUUAGUGACGGCAGCAGCUGGAGCCACAGGCCUUGCAGUGAUAGAUGUGGCGACAAACGUUCUUCAGGCCAAGGUAAUAGCUGCAGCUGGAAGUGAUGAGAAGUGCAAGCUGGCGAUGCAGAGGGGUGCGCAGUUCAGUGUGAACUACAGUCGGUGCAGCCUGAAGGAGGCAGUGCAGCAGCUCGUGGGCAGUGGUGGGGUGAACGUGGCCAUCGACAUGGUGGGAGGAGACAUCUUCCUAGAGGCUCUCCGCAGCCUGGCAUGGGAGGGCAGGAUUGUGGUGCUAGGAUUUGCUGGAGGAAACAUUGCUUCUGUGCCUGCCAACUUGCUCCUCCUGAAGAACAUCUCUGCCAUGGGCCUGUACUGGGGUCGAUACCAACUCGAGGACUUUCCAGUCUUUUCCAAGAGCCUACACUCAGCACUUCAGUACUACCACCAGGGGCGCAUACAGCCAUACGUCGGAAAGGUGUUUAAACUGGAGGAGGUCAAUGAUGCCUUCCUUCAUGUUAUGCAGCGCAAAUCCACAGGAAAGGUGCUUCUGUCUCUCAAAUAAGCUCUCACCCCAACAGCAAACUCAGCAUGUCCAAAUCUACACGCUUCAUGUUUCCCCCAGACCUGAUUUCCUUUCUGGGUUUUUAAAGGUGUUAUCAACUGUCUUACUAACACAGGUUUAAAAUCUUGCAGUCACUUUUAGUGCUGUGUUUUUCUUGCUUAUAAUUAAUAUGUUUGUAGAGGUUGUUAUCCAAAGUUGGACCCUUUUAAGAGUAAAGGUGCUAUUAGUAAUUACACCAAGAAAAUAUGUCCAAGGCAAACUAGAAUGCCACCUUAUUCAAAAUGUAUCAGUCGCCUUGUCUGUCAUUCCCACUAUUAAAAUAUCUCUUACCUCCAUGUCCUCUUUUCCGUUCUGCCUGUGUCUCAUCUGCUAUCUCUAGUGACCACCUAACUGGUUUUCCUAUCUUUAAACUACCCCCAUCUGCUCCAUCCUUGUUAUACAUUAUUGCCAUGGUGAUCUUCCCAAACCAUAGCUCUGAGUAUAUCUUGUCUUAAUAAACCUACAGUGGCUCACCAGUGCCUACACAGUGGAGUUCAGACCCCUUGAGCCCGCCCUGCACUGUGAUGAUGGUUUUUCUCCUCUGUACUUUCCAGCAUCGUGGUCUACAACACCACCAGUCCCUAAGAAAGCCCCCGUUUUCCUCAUUUUUGUCGCUCAUGAAGUUUCCUCUACCUUUAUCCCUGUCAAGCACAGGGCUUCCUGAUCUCAAAAGGUUACAUUCCUCAUGUUCCUUAAUCCUGAGUCAUAAUCUCUUGUUUUCCUCUUCUACUUCUGUAGCUUCUUCUCCUAGGUCGGUUACAAUCUAACUCGUAUCACAGGGAACAGCCUGUGUAGUGGAAUGAUCACAAUGAACACAUCUGAAUUCAAGAUGUGAGUUGGAAUCUCAGCCUUGCCUGAGGUGGUCACUUAAAAGUUCUGUGUAUUCAUUCUCUCACUUUAAAGUGGCUAUUAGACUAUUAACCUCUCACAGUUAUUGUGAGCAGUACAUACAGUGAUUGGAUAAUGUACCUGGCAGAUAGUAAGUGCUCAGCAAAUACUGGUUACUUUCACUUCUUUCUCUCCUUUCCCAGGGUUUUGUAAAUUCCUUGAGAGCAACUACUCUGAUUUCCCUUUGUGAAUUUUCACACUCCCUAACAUAGUGAGUUACUCUGGGUAAAUAUGCAAUAAAUUGAAUGAAUUUGAAUUGCCUGCAAAUCUUUAAUUGUAGCAUUAAGUAAAAAAUAUCUUGUUCUGCAAAUACCCCACAUAUCCAUUGACAGGUGAAUGGAUGAAUAUGGUAUGUAUAUACACUGGAAUAUUAGUCAAUUAAAAAGGAAUAAAAUUCGUACACAUGCUA